CAACACCGGCGGCGACGACCUCUAAACAACCUUUUGGGGUCUCGUCGCCGUGUCUCGCUUAUUUCGCUUUGGAACCGCAGCCGCCGUCGACGGGAGCAGAGGCAGCGGCAGAGGCGGCAGCAACUCGGGCCGAAAAUAAAAGCGUUUACCGCUCUCCUCCAGUGCAGCAGCAGCAGCGGUCGCAGCCAGUAGUAGCAGCUAAUCACCUCCCAGAUUCAGUUUCCAGUUCGAACUACACUCGAAUCUCAAAAAUGACCACCUACUUCAACUACCCCAGCAAGGAGCUGCAGGAUGAGCUGAGGACCAUCGCCCAGAAGAUCGUGGCUCCCGGCAAGGGAAUCCUCGCCGCCGACGAGUCCGUGUCCACCAUGGGCAAGCGCCUGCAGGACAUCGGCGUGGAGAACACCGAUGACAACCGCCGCGCCUACCGUCAGCUGCUGUUCAGCACCGACCCCAAACUGGCCGAGAACAUCUCCGGUGUGAUCCUGUUCCACGAGACCCUCUACCAGAAGGCCGAUGACGGUACUCCCUUCGUCGACAUCCUGAAGAAGAAGGGCAUCAUCCCCGGCAUCAAGGUCGAUAAGGGUGUUGUGCCACUGUUCGGCUCCGAGGAUGAGGUCACCACCCAGGGUCUGGAUGAUCUGGCCGCCCGCUGCGCCCAGUACAAGAAGGACGGUUGCGACUUCGCCAAGUGGCGUUGUGUGCUGAAGAUCGGCAAGAACACCCCCUCUUACCAGUCCAUCCUGGAGAACGCCAAUGUCCUGGCCCGCUACGCCUCCAUCUGCCAGUCGCAGCGCAUCGUCCCCAUUGUGGAGCCCGAGGUUCUGCCCGAUGGCGAUCACGAUCUGGACCGCGCCCAGAAGGUCACCGAGACCGUCCUGGCCGCCGUCUACAAGGCCCUGAGCGACCACCACGUCUACCUGGAGGGUACUCUGCUGAAGCCCAACAUGGUCACCGCUGGACAGUCGGCCAAGAAGAACACCCCCGAGGAGAUCGCCCUGGCCACCGUGCAGGCUCUGCGCCGCACCGUGCCCGCCGCUGUUACUGGCGUGACCUUCCUGUCUGGUGGACAGUCCGAGGAGGAGGCCACCGUCAACCUGAGCGCCAUCAACAACGUUCCCCUGGGCCGCCCAUGGGCCCUUACCUUCUCCUACGGCCGUGCCCUGCAGGCUUCCGUCCUGCGUGCCUGGGGUGGCAAGAAGGAGAACAUUGCUGCCGGCCAGAACGAGCUGCUUAAGCGCGCUAAGGCCAACGGUGAUGCCUCUGUGGGCAAGUACGUUGCUGGCUCCGCCGGCGCUGGAUCCGGAUCCCUGUUCGUGGCCAACCACGCCUACUAAUUUGGGGCGGAAGCGGCACUGUCUACACACAACUACAUAUAACUAUCUACGAAGCCGAUUGCUUGAAAUGUUUGAUUUUGGCAGUUUUGUUUAUAUUUAUCUUAGUUUCGUGAGCUAAGCAAGCAAGCAUAGAAAAAAAACCCCAAAAAAAAAUGAAGGAUUAUAAUUGAAGAAAACAUGUUAUUCUCUUCUAGUAUAUAUUUGCAAAACGAAUAUACGCAAACAAAAAAAUAACAACAAUAAUAAACAAACGCUACAUGAUUAUAUAAAGGAUUACGUUCGAUGAGAAGCAAUUUUAUCUUUAGUUUUAAGCACAAGAAACUAUACUUGUUGAAGUUAUGCAAUUUCUAUUUUAUUAUUAUUACUAUGAUUAUGUAAGAUUUCAAUGUGAACAAGCAAAAAUAUGUCGUAAAUCGUUAAGUUAAUCCCUCACAUUUCAUAGUGAAAAGAACAGCCGUCGCUAUCAACAACACCGAAAUGUAAAAUGGCUUGCACCAUUGAAAUCACUCAAAGUUUUCUUACAAUUUUUAAUGUUUACACAAAAAGUUAUCUAUGAUGAAAAUCGAUGUUUUAUCAUUAAUAUUAUUAUUACAAUUUAUAUUUAUGAUUGAUAAGUAUAAGUGAAAGAAUAUGACGCAAAAUAAACAAACACAUACAAUAGAUCCCAAAAGAA